GUAUAUUGCAAGGACACAUUUUUCUCAUUCACCUCUAUCAUUACCUCCCCUCUCUCUCUCUCUCUCUCUCACUGUAAAAAUCCUGCUCCGUCGAUGGCGGCGGCGACAGCUUUUCCGGACAACCUAACGAGAGAACAGUAUGUCUACAUGGCGAAGCUGGCGGAGCAAGCUGAACGGUAUGAAGAGAUGGUGAAAUUCAUGGAAAAGCUCGUUGUCGGACUGACGCCGGUGUCUGAGCUCACUGUCGAGGAGCGUAACCUUCUCUCCGUCGCGUACAAGAACGUCAUCGGCUCGCUCCGAGCGGCUUGGCGCAUCGUCUCAUCGAUCGAACAGAAAGAGGAGUCGCGGAAGAAUGAUGAUCAUGUUGUGCUAGUGAAGGACUACAGAUCUAAGGUUGAGGAUGAGCUUUCCGAUGUUUGCUCGGGAAUUUUGAAGAUUUUAGAGUCAAAUCUCGUGCCAUCAGCUUCUACGGCGGAAUCGAAGGUGUUUUAUUUGAAAAUGAAGGGAGAUUAUCAUAGGUAUUUGGCGGAGUUUAAAGUCGGAGAUGAGCGAAAGGAAGCAGCGGAGCAAACUAUGAACUCAUACAAAGCUGCUCAGGAUAUCGCAGAGGCUGAUAUGGCUCCAACUCAUCCAAUAAGAUUGGGUCUGGCUUUAAAUUUCUCAGUGUUCUACUAUGAGAUUCUCAAUUCAUCUGACAAGGCUUGUAGCAUGGCGAAACAGGCGUUUGAGGAUGCCAUAGCUGAGCUGGACACUUUAGGUGAAGACUCCUACAAGGAUAGCACUCUGAUAAUGCAACUACUGAGGGACAAUCUCACUCUUUGGACCUCAGAUGCACAGGACCAGCUGGAAGAGCCAUAGAUGUAUACACACAAUGGUGAAGAAGUGGUGUUAUGGUUUGGGGGGAGGUGGGCGUGGAAUGUCAUUUGUUUCAUUUGAACAUCAUGUGUUUUCCAUUUUUAACCAACACAAUUUGCUUUUAUAGAAUUUCAUUCCAUAUCCAUCCAUGCAUUUGCAGUUAUUCUC